AUGCAAAAGGGAAAUCGUUCUUUCCUGACAGACUUCAUUCUGGUGGGUUUAACAGACCAGCCAGAUCUCCAGCUCCCUCUGUUCUUCCUGUUUCUAGUAAUGUAUUUGGUCACAGUGAUAGGAAAUCUGGGCAUGAUAACCCUCAUUGGGCUGAAUUCAUACCUCCAUACUCCCAUGUACUUUUUCCUCUUUAAUAUGUCUUUUAUAGACUUCUGCUAUUCUUCAGUAUCAACACCAAAAAUGUUGAUGAAUUUCUUACCAAAGGAAAACAUUAUUUCCUUCAUGGGGUGCAUGGCCCAGCUCUACUUUUUCACAUUUUUUGCAAUUUCAGAAUGCUAUGUGCUGACAUCAAUGGCUUAUGAUCGGUAUGUGGCCAUCUGUAAACCACUUUUGUAUAAUGCUGCCAUGUCCCCUAAAGUGUGUUCCAGUCUUAUGCUUGGUUCAUACUUGCUGGCCUUUUGUGGUUCCAUGGCCCACACUGGAUGCAUGCUGAGAUUGACCUUCUGUGAUGCCAACAUCAUCAACCAUUAUUUUUGUGACCUCCUCCCUCUACUCCAGCUCUCCUGUACAAGCACUUUCGUCAAUGAGCUGGUGGUGUUCAUUGUGGGGGGCAUCGACAUCAUUGUGCCCAGCAUCACCAUCUUUGUCUCCUAUGGUUUCAUCCUCUCCAGCAUCCUCCACAUCAGCUCCACUGAGGGCAGGUCCAAAGCCUUCAGCACCUGCAGCUCCCACAUCAUUGCUGUUUCUUUGUUCUUUGGAUCAGGUGCAUUUAUGUACCUCCAACCUUCUUCGUCUGUGUCUAUGAAUGAGGGAAAAUUCUCCUCUAUCUUUUAUACCAAUGUGGUCCCCAUGUUGAACCCCCUAAUCUAUAGUUUAAGGAACAAAGAUGUGAAAUUUGCUCUGCAAAAAACCCUGAAUUUUUCUUCAAAUUUUAUGAACAGAAACAGUCUCUGUCUGUGCAGGUAG